ACACUUCGAACAUUAUGGGGAAGAUGAGCGGGAAGGAGUGUGAGGUUAAUGUGUUGCAGAUGCCGCUCGCUUUUCACAUGGCAAUUAACUUUCCCCUAUACGUAACUUACGUACAAAAUAGAACAUGCGUACACAUGCAAAGUCCACUUUCCCUCUUUCCUUGCUUUUAUGAUGCGUUCAACCGAGGCGGAAUCACCAAUGGAACAUCCCCAAGGUGCGACACACCCACCUCCUCGUACUUAUACGUACGUACCUCGAUAACAAUACCGCCUCUCCGCAAGCAUCGUUCAGACACGGAGGAGAGUCGUCAAACUCUCAUUUAGUGGAAGAAGAAGAAGAAAACAAAGCAAUGGCGGCAAAGCGCGGCAUGGCUCCGGCGUCCGACGAUGGACAGACGAAGUCCAGGCGGCAAGACGAACGAGGCUACUGGGGCACCAAAACAGAGUUUAUCCUCACUGUGAUGGGUGCCAUCAUCGGACCUGGCAACGUGUGGAGGUUCCCGUAUCUGUGCUACAGAAACGGCGGAGGUGUGUUCUUCAUUCCGUACGUUUUGUUCAUGGUCACCUGCGGGAUUCCAUUGUUUUUCCUGGAGACCGCCUUGGGACAGUACACCAAUCAGGGUGGGAUUACAUGCUGGAGGAAGAUCUGUCCACUUUUUCAAGGCAUGGGCUACGCAAGUCACCUCAUCAUCGCAUUCGGCGCCACCUCCUACAUUGUUAUUAUUGCCUGGGCAUUCUUUUACCUCUUCUCCUCCUUCGGUGCCGACUUGCCUUGGGCCACAUGUGGACACGAGUGGAACACAGAGUCAUGCCUGGAUGUCAGCCUUGUGAAUCAGAGCCUCAGAGUGACACGCAGACACAACAGCACUCUGCCGGUUGUAGAGUUCUGGCAGCGGAGAGUGUUGAAGAUCUCCGGUGGUAUCGAGGAGGUGGGCAGCCUGAGGUGGGAACUAGCCCUGUGCCUCAUCCUGGCCUGGAUUAUCUGCUACUUCUGCGUUUGGAAGGGAAUCAAGUCCACAGGCAAGGCGGCAUACUUCACAGCAACUUUCCCGUACGCCAUGCUGCUGAUAUUGCUCAUACGUGGAGUCACCCUGCCUGGGGCAAUGACCGGGAUUAUUUAUUACAUCUACCCUGACAUCACCCGUCUAUCAGAUCCACAGGUCUGGAUGGACGCCGGCACUCAGAUAUUCUUCUCUUACGCCAUUGGUCUCGGCUUCCUGACCUCGCUUGGCAGUUACAAUACUUACAAUAACAACUGCUACAAAGAUUGUUUCUACUUGUGUUUGCUGAACAGCGCCACCAGUAUUGUGGCAGGCUUUGCCAUUUUCUCCGUCUUGGGAUUCAUGACCUAUGAACAAGGGGUCGAUAUUUCUGAAGUGGCGGAAUCAGGACCAGGUUUGGCGUUUAUCGUGUACCCUCGUGCUGUGGCCAUGAUGCCCAUGCCGCAGGUGUGGGCGGUGUGUUUCUUUCUCAUGAUCAUUCUACUCGGCUUGGACAGUCAGUUUGUUGGUCUGGAGUGUCUGAUGACGUCGCUGGUUGAUCUUUUUCCAUCGUACCUACGUCAAGGAUACAGACGUGAGCUGGUCCUACUUGCCAUUUGUGUUGUCUGCUGCUUGCUGGGAUUCUCCAUGGUGACUGAGGGGGGGAUGUACCUCCUACAGCUGGUGGAUUUCCAUGUGUGUAGCGGCACCACCCUGCUCCUCCUCUCCAUAUGCCAGUCCGUCAGCAUUGCCUGGGUCUAUGGUGCCGAGCGUUUCUAUGGCAACAUCACAGAUAUGAUCGGUUACCGUCCCUUACCGCUGAUGAAGCUCUGCUGGUGCUACGUCACACCUUGCUUGUGUUUUGGCACGUUCCUCUUCUCCAUCAUCAGAUACUCGCCCUUGAAGUUCAGCAAUACUUAUGUGUAUCCACUGUGGGCCAACAUCCUGGGCUGGUUCCUUGCCACAGUCUCUCUUUCCCUCAUCCCUCUCUUCGUGGUGUGCAAACUAGUGCACGGAGAAGGCACCCUCCAACAGCGAUUCCUGUUGCUCUGCCUUCCUGAAGACGACUUUCCCCUGGAUAACAAGAGUCUCCAUUCUCUUGGAGUUGAUGCCAUCACUCACCACGGCGAGUUCAAACCUUUAUCCGCUGCAGACCAGGUCCCCAGUUGUGCCGAGUACAACAAAAAGCAAAUGCUUGACCUGUAAAGGGUACAGUGACGAUUACUUCAAUGCGAGCCUAACGUGAGAAAAGAAAGAGAUAAGAAGAGUGCACACCUCCUGUUUGAGUAUUGGGGAUUAAUCGGCAGCCAGGAUGAGUCAGAAAUGUGUCAAAAAGGCGUAAAUGAGAGCAGACAAGGUGUGGAUUGCGCAUUAUCAGAUCUCCUCUUUGACAACACACCCAUACAAAAAACAACAACAUUUAGCCUUUAGCGGCAUGUUGAACACAAUCGUGACUUGAAUCUGUGUCGGAACGUGUGCAAUACAGGUGCUGAGUACUUAGGUAUAUUGGCGUGAGUGGUAGGGAAAUCCCAGUAAGAAGGUUGAUAAACGCAGGAAUGGGACGGAAUUUAUACAAACCAAAAACAUUGUAUAUGACUUUAGAAACUCCAAAGUCAGACACAUCAAACAUUGCACAAUUUGGAGUUCAGAUAGAGUCGGGAUAAGCCCAGGGGAGUUUGUACAGUAUGCUACUAAAAUGUGCCGGAAAUAACCAGACUUCCUAUUUCUUAUUGUUUAUUUCGAUUUGAAAUGCACAGAACACGCCACCCGACACUCGUCUCUGACAUAAACCACUCUUCGUAAGGGGAACUGCAAUUUUUUGGGGAAUGUUGCCUAUCCUUCACAAUCGUUAUGAAAGACAUGACGACGAAUGUAUUUUAUCUCAAUGCAUUCUAACUAGUAAAUAAAAGUCCGCUUAUAACAUAGCCAAUGAGAUUUCCUCUAUUCCACCCAUAAAACCCAAUAAAUAGCAAUAUAAAAACCGCCAAUAAUACUACAUUUUCAUUUUGUGACUUGAAUAUUAUCCAAGUAUUAAUGAUAUUGUUGUUACAAGCGCUAACGCACAUGAACCGUUUAUAGCGGCUCUGCGAUCACAAGCUUGUGUGCCUAUGUUGACAUAAUCGACUGGUGAGCUGUUUUUCGCUUUCUUGCUUGUGGAAGUUUAUUGUAGAUCAUAAAUCAUGCAUCUCACCUGAAUAGUAGAAGGAUGAGGAUGUUGGUGCUCUUUGACAGACAAUUUAGACCCGGGAAUGGCGAAAAAUUACUCGAAAAGACGCUUGGUUCCUUUCCCCCUUUUUGUGCGAGGAUUGUGAGUCAUUCGUCACCUGAACUGGAAUAUAUCAAGAUUCUUUCAGUCGGCAUCCUAGUGAAAGCAGACAUUGUACAGUAAGCAAUGUUGUAUUAUGUUUGUGGGCUCUCAAAGUCUGCAGUGAGUAAUCAGUGAUGUAUUUUGAAAAAAAAAAGGGAACGUUGUGAUGCGUUUUUGAAAUUAAUGCGCAAAAUAAGUAAAUUUUAAAUGUCAUUAUAAAUGUGCCCCUUACUACAUUACAUAUAUACAGGUGCUGGUCAUAUUAUUAGAAUAUCAUGAAAAAGUUGAUUUAUUUCAUUAAUUCCAUUUAGAAAGUCAAACUUGUAGAAUGUACACAUUCAUUCCAAACAGACUGAUACAUUUCAAGUGUUUUUUUUGCCAAGAAGGAGAUGAUUAUAGUUGACAACCAAUGAAAACCGUAAAUUCAACAUCUCGGAAAAUUAGAAUGUGGUGAAAAGGUCAGAUAUUGAAGACACCUGGUGCCACACUCUAAUUAGCUAACUAACUCAAAACACCUGGAAAAGCCUUUAAAUGGUCUCUCGUUUUGAUUCUGUAUGACACACAAUCAUGGGGAAGACUGCUGACUUUACAACUGUCCAAAAGAUGACCAUUGAUACUUUAAAGAAGGAGGGCAAGACACAAAAGGUCAUUGCCAAAGAGGUUGGAUGUUCCCAGAGCUCUGUGUCCAAGCACAUUAAUAGAGAGGCGAAGGGAAGACAAAGAUGUGGAAGAAAAAAAUGUACAAGCAAGAGGGAUAACCGCGCCCUGGAGAGGAUUGUCAAACAAAACAGAUUCAAAAAUGUGGGGGAGAUCCACAAAGAGUGGACUGCAGCUGGAGUCAGUGCUUCAAGAACCACCACGCACCGACGUAUGCAAGAUAUGGGCUUCAGCUGUCGCAUUCCUUGUGUAAAGCCACUCUUGAAUAAGAGACAACGUCAAAAGCGUCUUGCCUGGGCUCAAGACAAAAAGGACUGGACUGCUGCUGAGUGGUCCAGAGUUAUGUUUUCAGAUGAAAGUAAAUUUUGAAUCUCCUUUGGAAAUCAAGGUCCCAGAGUCUGGAGGAAGACAGGAGAGGCACAGAAUCCACAUUGCCUGAAGUCCAGUGUCAAAUUUCCACAAUCGGUAACGGUCUGGGGUGCCAUGUCAUCUGCUGGUGUUUGUCCACUGUGUUUCCUGAGGUCUAGGGUCAAUGCAGCAGUCUACCAGGAAGUUUUAGAACACUUUAUGCUGCCUGCCGCGGACCAAUUUAUGGAGGUGAAGAUUUCAUUUUCCAACAUGACUUGGCACCUGCACACACUGCCAAAUCUACCAAUACCUGGUUUAAGGACCAUGGUAUCCCUGUUCUUGAUUGGCCUGCAAACUCACCUGACCUUAACCCCAUAGAAAACCUAUGGGGUAUUGUGAAGCGGAAGAUGCGAGAUGCCAGACCCAACAAUGCUGAAGAGCUGAAGGCCACUAUUAAAGCAACCUGGGCUCUCAUAACACCUGAAGAGUGCAACAGACUGGUCUACUCCAUGCCACGCCGUAUUGCUGCAGCAAUUCAGGCAAAAGGAGCUGCAACUAAGUAUUGAUUCCCGUACAUGCUGAAACUUUCCAUGUUCAUACUUUUCAGUUGGCCCACAUUUCUAAAAAAUAUUUUUUGGUACUAGUCGUAACUAAUAUUCUAAUUUUCUGAGAUGCUGAAUUUGGUAUUUUAAGUAAUUGUCAGUACUAAUCAUCAACAUUUAAAGAAAUAAACAUUUCAAAUAUAUCACUAUGUGUGUAAUGAAUUGAUAUAAUAUGUAAGUUUCACGUUCUGAAUAUAAUUAUUGAAAUAAAUCAAAUUUUUCAUGAUAUUCUAAUAAUAUGAACAGCACCUGUACUUACAUCAUGUAUAUAAAACCUUAACUGAGGUGUUUGGAUGUUUUUUUAAGUGCUUUAUCGGCAGAAUUGAGCGACUCCAUUAGGAUUCAUUUAAAGCAGACUUCUGAUCGCAUUGAUUUAACCGCUGUAACCGUAGCGUAACAGACACAUUUAAAGUAACGUAAUACUUCUAGUAUUUUAAUAGUAGGGGGCAUUGAUUUCACAGAGCGCAUAGCAAUUGACGCUACGUUGGUAAACAAUAACAGCAUAAAGAGCUGUUCUGUGUUUGCUACUCUUAAUCCUGGCAGAUUUCAUUAGAGACUACUUUUGGACAAAUGAUGAUCCAGAACCAUAUCUUUUUGAGCCUGAAUAUACAGAGAUUGAGCAAGGAAAUGUGUCACGUCGCCAGAAAAAAUGUUUCCCAGAGUUAGCAACUGGAGUAACAAUGUCACUAUAACUCGGUUAAUACGCAGGUCACGGCCUGUAAACGGAGUUGGCAGUUUUUUAGAACUUAUUGUAGGUGAAAUAGAGGAAUCCCUAUUACUUGCAUUGAUGGUUGCCUCUUGUUAGCGUUUUUUUUUUACUAUUUAGAACGCACAGAAAGGUGAAAGAUGUAUGCUAAAUGUUUUCCAUUUAAGGGGUCAUAUUAUGAUUAUAAUUGUUCCACAUCUAAAACACUUCCUUGUGGUGUACAUAUCAUGGAAUGGUGGUUCUUUGUUCGAAAUUUAGGCUUCAAAUUUUCGGGACUUAUGGGCAUCCCAAAUACACAAUAACAGGUACCAAGAAAAGUCAAGUUAAGAAUAAUAGGUGCCCUUUAAGAUAAGCACAGUGCUCUAACAAACAGAGGGCCUGGUAAAAACUAAACUUUGAUUUUAGUUGUUUAGUCUUGCUUUGAUUUACUUCAUAUUUUGAAGACCCGAGUGUUGACAAGAGGGCUAAAAAAAAGGUGGGAAUGAUAAACUACAUCAAAGUAUAGAAAAAAUCCUGUUUCUGUUGUGUCAAAGUGUGGAUUUAAUCCACAUUAAGGCAAGAAUCCCAAGCAUUGGUGUUAAGCCAAUUUGUAACGUGAUAUGAUGUCAGAUGAGUAAUUACUCAGAAACACUCAACAAGAGCUACCCUAUCUUGUCUUUGAACAUGAACUAGAUAGGAAAGUUGUAGUCUGACUCGAGCUUAUCUCUAUUAAUUUACUGUUGUAUCUGAGCAAUGAACUGACAAACUAGAUAGGGCAGCUCUAUUUAAUUUCUGUAGGACAGCUGUAUUUAGUUCCUGUACGACCGAAUCUUUGAUCAUGAACUGAUUAACCGGAUAGGACAGUUGUAUUUAGUAGCCGUACUAUCAAAUCUGUGAGCAUGAACAGAUGAGCUAGAGUAGACCAGCUCUAUUUAGAUGCAAGGACAACUCUAUUUAGUUGCUGACCUAUGUAGUCUGAGCAUGAACUGAUGAGCUAGAUCAAACAGCUCUAUUUCAUUGCUGUAGGACAACUCUGUUUAGUUGCUGUCCUAUCUAGUCUAUGGGCAUGAACUGAUGAGCUGAAUCAAAAAGCUCUAUUUAACUGCUGUCCUAUCUGUCUGGGAGCAUGAACUGAUGAGCUAGACCAAACAGCUCUAUUUAAUUGCUAUAGGACAGCUCGAUUUAGUUGCUGUCCUAUCUAGUCUAUGAGCAUAAACUGAAGAGCUUGAUAGAACAUCAAGCUCAACAAAGUUGAUGUCCUAUCUAGAGCAUGAACUGAUAAACUGGAUUGAACAGCUAUGUUUUAAUUUCUGUAGGACAACACUAUUUAGUUGCUGUCCCAUCUAGUCUAUGAGUAUGAACUGAUUAGGAAUAUAGUACAACUCUAUUUAAUUGCUGUUCUAUCAUGUUCGUAAGUAUGAACCGAUUAACCAGAUUAGACACCUGUACUGAGUUGCUGUCCCAUCUAGAGCAUUAACUGAUAAGCUAGAUCAAACAGCUAUAUUUUAUUUAUGGAGGACAACACAAUUUAGUUGCUGUCCAAUCUAGUCUAUAGCCAUCAACUGAUGAGGUAGAUAUAAAAACUGUAUUUAAUUUCUGUAGGACAACUGUAUUUAGUUGCUGUCCAAUCUAGUCUAUAGCCAUCAACUGAUGAGGUAGAUAUAAAAACUGUAUUUAAUUUCUGUAGGACAACUGUAUUUAGUUGCUGUCCCAUCUAGUCCAUGAGCAUGAACUGAUUAGCAAGAUAGUACAGCUCUAUUUAAUUGCUGGAGGACAACUCUAUUGAGCUGCUGUCCUAUCUAGUCUAUGAGCAUUAACUGAGGAGCUUGAUCGAACAGCUCUAUUUAACUGCUGUAAAAAAGCUGCAUUUAGUUGCUGUUAGAUAUCUAGUCUAUGAGCAUAAACUAAUGAUCAAGAUAGGUCAGCUCUAUUUAGUUUCUGUUCAAUCAAGUUCAUAAGCAUGAACCGAUUAACCAGAUGUUCUGAGUUGCUGUCCUAUUUAGAGCAUGAACUGAUGAGGUAGAUAGCAAAGCUCUGUUUAAUUUCUGUCGGACAACUUUAUUUAGUUACUGUCCCAUCUAGUCCAUGAGCAUGAACUGAUGAACCAGAUAGGACAGCUCGAUUUAGUUGCUGUCCUAACUAGUCCAUGAGUAUGAACUGAUGAAGCCAGCUCAGAUGAAGUUCCAAAACGUCUUUUGAAGACAACCCGAUCAGUGGAGUUACUAUGGAGUCAAUGCCCUGAGUGGACUCGGGUGAAUGAGAAUAACUACAGAAAGUACCUGUUCCCAUUUUGUUUUACAAUUAAAUACCAAGUGCCUUUCAAAGUGCAUUCAGUGUUAUUGUCUGUUGUAUUACAGUUGUACUGAGUACACAAAUAAACUGAGAUUAAGAUGGAAUGGAAUAGCAGCGUGUAAGGCAAGGCCACAAGGGAUGACAACUAUUCCACCGGCCUCAGAAGACACAUCAAUACAUGACGUUAGCCAAAUGUUGCAACAUAAUUUGUUAUAGGUUAGGUCCUUAAGUAACACAAAAACAGGGUGACAUGGUUUCAAAUAAAAGACCAUUUAUUCACUUGUUUCUGAUGGCCAUCUGGUAGAAAAAGCACAUAUUUUAAUGUAAUAAUUUAAACACUGUAUAAAUAAAGCAGCUCUUGGGUCAAAUGGAAAUAUUCCUGUAAGGUUGUUGCAUCCAAGUAAGACUUUUUUAAAAACAUAUUUGUGUGUUCGUCAGCUGGUCGUCCCGAUGGACUUGCUUAAGAUGGUUAAAAAUGUCUAAUUUACACCUUGACAAGACAAUGGCGAUAAUACACAUGGAAAGUGUUUCGGAACUGUGUUCGUGCGUCUCACGGGUCAACGUUCAAUCCACUUCUGUGAGGCCACAGGGUCUCCUGAAUUCCUGUCCUCGCUCGUGAAUCCAUUUGUUGGACACUGGGGAAAACAGCACAAAUAGAAAAUGUAGGUGUAAAACACAUUGCUGCCAUAUCUACAGCAGGGUUGUCCACUGGUAGCUCGGGGACCAAAAGUGGGUCGGGGACAGACGCUUACAAGGUGUACAAAAAAAACCCAAAGAACAUAAUACUACCACAUAGAAAAGAGUCUGGCAACAUGACCAAUAUAAUCAAUAUUAAUGAGCUAACCAGUGAUUCCUAACUUGUUCUAGCUGACUAACGAUAUCUGUUUUUUUUAAAUAAUGUUUUAUUUUAAAAUAAACAAGUUGAUGGGCGCCCUCUAUCUGAGUAAUAAGUGUAGUUUAGUGGAGUGUGCAUUGAAAAAUAUGUUGCACUGUGUUUAUAGAGAUGGAAAAGGUGUAUGUACGUUCAGAGGCGAUUUAAAAAAUAUAAUAUUUCUGCUUGGCUUGAAUAAUGUAAAAGGUGGAAAAAUAUGGGUCCCAGGAUGAGAGCAGUUGAGAAACCCUAAUCUAUAUUAUCGGUUAUUGCACCACCUGCAGUGAUAUGUUACUCUAUCUAAUAUGUGGAGCGGAACAAUGCUGUCCAUUGGCAUUAUUAGUGAAUAGGAGUGCUGGAAAAAAAUCUAUUUUCAUCUGAAUCUUGAUUUUCUUUUAUUUUUAAGUUACAUUUUUGAAUGACUUCAAAUUGUUUCAAAAAUAUAUAUAUUUAUUUUUAAAUGAUAGGGGGGAGGAACAGAAACAGAAACCACUUCAGCCGCCAAAUGGCAGUAGAGCGUUGAAUACCUUAAAAAAAGGAAUUGCGGCAAUUCGAACUUUGAUCUCAGUCAGUUGUUAUAUAGUAUGGGUCUGUCCAUGUUUUUCAGCAGACUGCAUUGAAAAAAGAUUAACCCCUCCCAAUCUCCCAUUCUCUCACACGAGAUCCAUCCAGGAAUGGGGCCAAAACAAUCCCUUCCCUAAAGUUUGUCAUAUGUCAGCAGCCAAAAAGAGCUUUUGUAACCAGUAAACUAUUUUGAAAAGGUUUUAUUGAAAUUUAGAAUGCCAAAUAAAAUAACGUUACUCAGAAAAUCAGAAUCAAAGUAAAUUGUGACGUGUCGUAAGAUUCACAUCGCAUUCACGUCACAUUAACAUUAGUUACAAUGGAAUCUCGAUCUACGAGCCACUCGUUACACAAAUUUUUCAAUUUACGAAACGCAGACCGAAUAAAAAUAUGCUUUGUUGUAGGAAUCAUGUUUCAGUGUACAAACAUUUUAUCUACCCAUUGUGUCCCUACGAGGGAGCCAUUUUGUGCCUGCAGCACAUCCAUUGAGGGCAUGCUGAUGGAUCUCGGAUACUCACUCAGCCAGCACAGCAGUGCUGUGGUUAGCUGCUGUGCUAAUUGCUACUUAGUGGGUUUUUUAUGUGUAUAUUAUAGCGUUUUUAAAAGCAUUUUUCUAGUUUUGCUAAGUCAAUAUGGGUUCAAAGAAAUGAAUGGACAAGCGAUGUGUGGUUUGAAAUAUAAUAGUAUCCACAGUGUUGUCAAACCGCCUCAUUUCCCCCCUCCUCCUCACACUUUCUUGGCUGCAUGCAAAUACGAAUAACCAACAAGGUGAAGUGGAUUACAUGUUUUUAUUUCUAAUCAUUGUAGUAAUCUGGUUGUUAAAGUUCAAGGGUUUUGUGACUUCAAAUUGUAAGUGCACCAGAGGGCUAGUGACAGAUUGUGUGUGCUUGUGCCGACGUUCAGCUAUUGUUGUUUUGGCUUUGUUAUUAAAUAGAAAGUGGAUCCAUCACCCCCUGUUAUGUUUGUUUGAUAGGCAGUACUGUUUAGCGCUUUAUAUUAUGUUCAAAGUGUACAAACCUUUACUAGAAUAUGGACUUUUGUCAAAGCUGGAACCCGAUAUUCAUGUUUAGAUUUUUUGUCAUGGGGAAAUGUGCUUCAAUUUACAAAUUCUUCUAUAUACAAAUCUAGUAAAAAACAUAAUCAAGUUCAAAAUUAGAGGUUCCAUUUUAUGAGUAUCAAGAUUUUAAUUUUGUCUCUUUAUGUUGUCUUUUUUUUGCUCCAUGUUCUUAUUUUUGCUGGACUUUUUUUUGUUUGAUUUUAUAUAUAGAAUGUGCCACGGGCCAAUUAAAAAAGAUCCAGAGGCAGCAAUUGGCCACGGCCCUGGUUUAGCAGUUCCAUUGUAUCUUCAAUAUAUAUAUAUUCUGCACAUUCAAAGCUUUGAAGAUAGUUAUGCUUAAUGAUUUAUUGCAUGACUACUACAAAGGCAUUUUUGACAGGCUCUAUAAACGAGCUGCAGUACGUUCAGAAUGCAGCUGCUCGAGUCCUGACUAGAACCAGGAAAUACGACCAAAUCAGUCUGGUGUUGUUGCUUUGAGAGCAAACUUCGAAAUAACUUUGCUAGCUUACAGUACUGUUCAUGAUUUAGGGCCAUGACAUGUUAGAACCAUAUAAACAUGUCUGGCUCUGAGAACCUCGCAGCAUGGUCUCCUGCUGGUGCACAGAGACAGGGUUAAACAUAGUGAAGCUGCGUUUUAGUUUUACGCUGCUCAAAUCUGGAAGUUUUCCAGAAGAUGUGAGACAUUCCGCAACUCUGGCAAGGUUCAAAUCCAGAAGAACACUUUUUUAUUAGCUUUGCAUUUGACAGGUGAAAGUUUUUUUUUCUUUAAUUUCAAUUCAACUAAUUCAUGAUUAUUUUGAUGACAAUUUUAUUUUAUUUUUUCUGAUUUUAUUUGCCUUAUUGUAAUUUUAUGCAUUUGUAAAGCCCUUUGAAUUGUCUUAUGUACAUAUUGUGCCUUGCCUUUAUUGUGAAAAAAUCAGGACUCCUGACAUUUGAAUUAUAGUAGUUUGGCUUGUGCGUUAUUUUAAGAAAUUAUUUUUAAUGUUAUGAAUGUUCUGCUGUACAAUAUUAAACUUUUUAUUGCACAGUCACACAUGCAGCUGGAUUCCUCAGAAACACCCAAGGGGCAAAGAGACAAUGUUACACAAAAAUUUCUUGGCUGCAAGAAGAGCCAAGAAGUCUUGGACACAUUACAAAACAACAUUUCAAUUCACACACAUGCUGACAGGAUUCACAGUAAUUUUCCACUGAGUCAAAGACAACCAGAGACUUCUUUUUUGGGGGAUUAAACAGCCCAAAAAAUUUACAAUUUGAAGUGCGAUCAAACAUUUUUGGAAAAAAUUACCUCAAAGUUUAGUAAAAUAUAAUGUUUUGUCCACAAAGAUGGUGUGUUUUGCUUUAAUUUUAUGUGUGAAGUGUACCAGUGAAGAGGAAAAGUGCCACAACCAGAAAUGUAACUUACUGUAGUGUGACAUAGAAAAACCUAUAAUACAACAUGGGCAGAUUUACAGAUUGCAUAGCAGGAUAUAUUUUAAUGCACAGUUGCGCUGUUUUUCCCCAAUGUUAUCUAUCAUUCACAAUACUUAUGUGAGACAAGAACAUAUACUGUAUGUCUUUCUCCUUUUUGUGUAUUCUAAAUUGGAAAAAACACAUUACGAGUCUGCUAACAGUGUAGCUAAUGGGAGUAAUCUAAUCAGCCUAUAAAGCCCUCUUAAAAAGCAUCCAAAACCAGCAAAAAUACUCAAUUUACAUGUCAUGACCUGUAUAUUAACAAAGUAAAAGCGACAUUGUUAUUGUACGAGCUAACCCCGAGGAACUAUUUAGUAACACGGUGCCUCUACCAUGGAGGUGACAUAGUUAUUGCAGCUCUUGACCAACUGAGCUGCUGCAUUGUCCCCGAGUUGGUAAAAGUUUGUGCUCGUUUAUAAAUCAUGCCUCGCUCUAGUACAGUCAAAGGUUGCGGCCACAAUCCAAGACGUAUGCAGUGUUGCAUCUUUUUCAGUUUUUGGAUGUUGGUAAAUGGGUUGUACUUGUAUAGCGCUUUUCUACCCCUUUUUAAAAGAGCCCAAAGCGCUUUGACAGUAUUUCCACAUUCGCCCAUUCACACACACACACAUUCACACACUGACAGCGGGAGCUGCCAUGCAAGGCACUCACCAGGACCCAUCAUGAGCAAGGGUGAAGUGUCUUGCCCAAGGACACAACAAACAUGACUAGGAUGGUAGAAGGCGGGGAUUGAACCAAUAACCCUCAGAUUGCUGGCACAGCCACUCUACCAACUUCGCCACGGUAUAAAUAUAUGGAAGAUUAGAUAAAUGUCAACUCUAGCUGCCUGCUAGGUGAAAAAAUAUUUAGAUUUAUUUGGCAUGCCUUCUAAAACCACAGAUUGUUCAGACACGUUCGCCAUAAACUUGCUGCUCCUUCUGGCUCUCUUGUUAAUGUUGAGAGUCACUUAGUAAAAGACACCGACAUUUAAAAGCACACACACAAGCGGUUGAAGUUGGGGUUUUUUAAGUAAUGCAAUAAUUACUUUUCCCAUUAAUUAAUUACAUUUCUUAAAAACUAAUUCUGUUAGUAAUUCAUUAAAUUACUAUAAUAAUUACUUUACUUACAAAUAAAAAUGUAUUUAUACUGUAACUGCUGCUCAUUCAGCUGUUAAAAAAACGUAAAUAUCUAAUAAAAUGUUUAAAGGCAAUGUGUUAAAAAAAAACAAUCAACCUUGUUUUUAUGUAUAAAAUAAACAGUUAAAAUAGCUUCAAUAAAAACAAACAAACCACCAAAUCUAACUUUGUCAGAAAGAAAAAAAACAUUUUGUGAGGAUGUGGCUAAAACGCUGCAUACUGAUUAAAGUUAAAGUUACAGUUAAAGUACCAAUGAUUUUCACAAACACACUAGGUGUGGUGAAAUUUGUCCUCUGCAUUUGAACCAUCCCCUUGUUCACCCCCUGGGAAGUGAGGGGAGCAGUGGGCAGCAGCGGUGUCGCACCCGCGAAUCAUUUUUGGUGAUUUAACCCCCAAUUCCAUCCCUGGAUGCUGAGUGCCAAGCAGGGAGGUAAUGGAUCUCAUUUUUAUAGGCUUUGAUAUGACUCAAGUUUUGAACUCUUGACUAUUGAUUAACUUCUGUCAGUUUUAGCAUUCUAACAGACUCAAUGUAUAGAAUUGUAUCAUUGAUUACUUCUUAACAUGUUAGCGAUCUAAUAGAUUGUGUUUAUGAUACCUCCGCAUUGGUGCAUUAUGUCUGUCUGUGUGUGUGUGCGUGCGAUAUUAGCAUUUGUUAUUAUGCAUUUUUACUGCAUUGCAAAUUGACCCUGCUUUAAAAAGUACUUGAAUUGAUUUAGACAAAGUUUAGCGGGCUGGCUUUGACUAAAAUGAUAGUUAAAGUUAUUUCUAAUACAACUUUGUCCUACACUUGUUAGCAAGGUACGAGCUAACACUCUUACCAAGUUGAGACGGCAUCCCCCCUCCAGACGCCCGACAUCAUGUCCUUGCUUUAAAUGUUUGCGUAUCACAGAUGUACUGCCAUAAAAACAAGGUCCACUUUGCAAACUGAGCAAAAUAUU